AGGGCAGAAACAAUGGUGAGGGGCUGCAGUUAAUUUUAUUCCGUACGUUUCCCAAAGGUGUCAGGGUUUUAUCCAAUUUCUCUACCGACCUCACCAAUCAACAGUAGGCUCUUCAGGAAGCAGUUCCGGCUCUCUGGCAACCCCGUCACCAUUUCAUGGUUCCCUGCGUUCCUACCGACCCUCCUUCCCUGGGGACACUGUCUUCGCUCGGCCCCUUAUUUGUCCGUUUCACACCUGGGCACAGCCCGCGCCUCGGAGCUCCCUGAUGUCCGGGGGAGGCGCCUUCGCGGCGGAUUCCUGACCCGGCCCCGCGCCCUCCGCGCACCGUCCCCGCCGCGGCUUCCAUGUGCAGAUGGAUGCGGGUGUCGUCAGGCCUAGACUGCGGCCGGAGCUGUCAGCGUGGCCCCCUGCCUGAGGACCCCACGCGGUCUCCGCCCUCCGGCUGGCGCGGCUAGGCGGGCGCAGCCGAUUCCCCGCCCCGGGGCGGUGCCCGUGCCCCGCCGCCCUCGGAGCCCAGCGCCGCCGCCAUGUCCUCCGGGGCCAGCGCGAGCGCCCUGCAGCGCCUGGUGGAGCAGCUCAAGUUGGAGGCCGGCGUGGAGCGCAUCAAGGUCUCUCAGGCGGCCGCAGAGCUUCAGCAGUACUGCACGCAGAAUGCCUGCAAGGAUGCCCUGCUGGUGGGCGUUCCAGCUGGAAGCAACCCCUUCCGGGAGCCCAGAUCCUGUGCUUUACUCGGAAGAAGUUCUCUGAGGAAUGCCUUCAAGUACAAAGUGAUGAAUGACUGCCUCCAAGUCUCAAGAAAACACUUUCCCCAGCCAAUGACUUUUAGAUAUUUUAGUCCUUUCCGGUGGCCAGGUCCCAUAGCCAAAAUCCCACAGGAAUUGAUGAGUUUCUACUACAAAUAAAGAAACUGAGUGAAGGAGUAGAGUUUUAAAUAAUAAUAGCCUGAAUUUUUUUGUGAAGUACUUUAUACUUAAGAAAAAAACUUACCACUAGAUAUACCAAACAGACAUCUUUCAUAAGUAAAUUACUGCUGUUGCUAUGCCUGGAAUAUUAGGUCUAUUUUAUUUACUGGAUGUUUACAUUUUAGGAAGGAAAACAUUUUUGUUUGUUAAAAAAAAAAAAUCGAAUAUUUGUAAUGGUUUUUCCUGACAAGGAUUUUUAUAUCAUAACAAAAUUUACUCUUUUCUCAUGAAUUUACAAUUUCUAAAUGAACAAGAAAGUUACAAUUGGGGGAGAAGAAUAAGCUUUACAAAUCAAAAGAUGUCUUGAUUUUUCUAAAUGAGAAGAUUGUUUUAUUUUUAACACUAAA